AUGUUUCCUGACUAUCCAGAGAUAAGUCGAUCUACUGCUUUUCCCGAUCCUAUCGCCGUGCAUGAACUUUGCUCCUGGGCGUUGUACGAAAAUCCUCCGCCCAAGACAGCAGAGAAGCAAACCCUGGGCGUACCCGAGAAGGAAGAUGGAAAGAUCAUCCUUGCUAUCUCAAACUGCAAAUACAUAUAUGUCUUUCACACGCAGCCACCGGGGCUGUACUUGAGUGGAGAACUCAAAAAGUAUUGGUCGGGCGACAGCGAUUGUAUGGCUCUAACCUUCAGCUACGGUGGAGAGAAGUUGUAUUGUGGAUUGAGAUCAGGUGGGGUGGUGGAAAUGCCUUGGGAUCAGCCGAAGGGUGUUAUGCCUCAGUUCCGGUAUUUGGCGAAGAAAGAUGCUGGGUCAGUCACGCAGUUGAAAAUGCUCUCGGAAGGAGAGUUGCUGGUUGUGAGGAUCAAUGGGGUUGUGGAGAUGAUAGAUACGAUGACAGGAGAGACAAUAAGAAGAUAUGAGGGCCAUGUGAACUCUUAUCAAUACGGCUUAGGGUUUGCUGUUGAUCCGGAUCUACGGUUGAUGGCCUUGGCGGGGCUGGACAGGAGAGUUAGAGUCUGGUCCCUUCAAUCCUCCAUCCCACUCGGGACGACAGCAACAACUUUAGCUCCCAAGAACUUUUGUAAAGAUUCAGAGGUGAACCUAUGGGAUCAAUCCCACCUACCAGCUUUUCGAGAAGCCCAUCCCCCACCAGAAAACGCCGAAUCCGGAACCGCAGCAGUCAGAAAAGGCUCAACACUUAGCACCACAGUCUUCCCAGCCGACAUAAAAGCUCUACAUUGGAACCCAAGGAGUAUUUGGGAAGGAUGCGAUAGAGAUGAAGCCAUCGCAAUCGAACAACUACAGGAGGAAACAGGAGGUAGAGGAGUGCCGGAGAAACGAUGGAAGGAUCUGUACGUUGGGGCUGGUGAAUGGGUUUAUCAGUUUAGAUGGCCCUAA